CACUCACUUCUCUUCCCUUUAAUCAUAUAACCAACACCAAAGAGAAGAAAAAAAAAACCAACCCACCAAAAAGACUCCCUCAAAUUCCCCAAAAUGGAAAUUGCUAGUGAUAAAAUAGCAAUAAAGGUAAAAGAUCAACUCGUUCAAGGCCAUGAGUUCACCAUUCAGCUUCAGCAACUCUUCUCUCAACCAGGGUCGGAUCUGGGUCCAGCCAAGGAUCUCGUGGCUAAAAUCUUGGGAACUUUCAAUGACACAAUCUCUGCUUUUGAUUCCUUCGAACCCAUCUCCUCCUCCUCUCUUGUCACCGCCGUCGAAGGAUCUCAAAAUGCUUCCUGCGACAACGACGUCAAGCUUGAGGAUUCCGGCGAUAGCCGGAAAAGAUUGGGACCCGUUAAGGGUAAAAGAGGAUGCUACAAGAGAAAGAAGCGAUCGGAGACGUGGACUGUAGAGUCGACCAACCUUGAGGACGCAUACUCUUGGAGGAAAUAUGGACAAAAGGAGAUUCUUAAUGCCAAAUUCCCAAGAAGUUACUUUAGGUGCACACACAAGUACACUCAAGCGUGCAAGGCAACAAAGCAAGUUCAGAAGCUAGAGUUCGAACCCAGGAUGUUCAGCAUCACAUACAUUGGAAACCACACGUGUAACACCAAAGAAGUAACACCCAAGAUCAAGUCUUGUAUUCAUCAUGAUGAGAUCAUCAUGGAUUCUGAAGAGCUCAAGAGUCCUCGUUUGACUACCUCGAUAAAGGAAGAGGAAGAGAAGAAUCAUGGUUCGUCCACGGAGAGUGACUUGCAAUUGGUGUGGCAAGAAAUGUUGUUGUUUGAAGAGGAACAUCAUCAUCAUCAUCAUCAUCAUGAGGGUACUUAUGGUUGUGUUGAAACUAGUGCAUCUAUCAAUGGUUUGGAUUCCACGGAUCUUUGGAGUUGGCAGCGAUGAUUUCCUGGUUCAGCGACAAUGAGGAGCUCGCUUUCUUCGAACCAUGUUCCAAUUUAGCUUAAUUUUACAUUCCUAUAUAGAAUUAUUGGAACAUCUAUAUUUUGUCAUCAUCUUCUCUAGAGAAUUAAUCAUCAGGCCUCGAAUGGAACAUAUAAUUGUCCUCUCUUCUCUAAUGAGUGUCUGUACUGUACAUAUAUAUAGUAGAAUAUUGUAGUAUACAUAUAGUAGAAUAUUGUAAUAAUACUCUUGUUGGAUUAAUUA